CGCCGGCCACCCCGAGGGGCCGGAGCAGGAGGAGGAGGAGGAGCGGACGGGAGGGCGGGGAGGAAAAACCCUGCUUCCUCCGGGGCUCCCACUUCGGAUCAUGUACCAGGACUAUCCCGGGAAUUUCGACACCUCUUCCCGAGGCAGCAGCGGCUCUCCGGCGCACGCAGAGCCCUACUCCGGCGGAGGCGGCCAGCAGAAAUUUCGAUUAGAUAUGCCAGGGUCCGGUAGCGCCUUCAUCCCUACCAUCAACGCCAUCACCACGAGCCAGGAUCUGCAGUGGAUGGUGCAGCCCACGGUCAUCACCUCCAUGUCAAACCCUUACACCCGCUCCCACCCGUACAGCCCGCUGCCUGGCCUCGCCUCGCUGCCGGGACACAUGGCCCUUCCGAGACCCGGGGUGAUCAAGACCAUCGGCACCACCGUGGGAAGGAGGAGGAGAGAUGAGCAGCUGUCCCCCGAGGAGGAAGAGAAGCGAAGGAUCAGGAGGGAGCGGAACAAACUAGCUGCUGCCAAGUGCCGGAACCGGCGCCGGGAGCUGACGGAGAAGCUGCAGGCGGAGACCGAGGAGCUGGAGGAGGAGAAGUCGGGCCUGCAGAAGGAGAUUGCGGAGUUGCAGAAGGAGAAGGAGAAGCUGGAAUUCAUGCUGGUGGCCCACGGGCCCGUGUGCAAGAUCAGCCCGGAGGAGCGUCGCACCCCACCCUCGCACGGCCUCCAGCCCAUGAGAACCGGGGGCGGGGCGGCCACUGUGGUGGUCAAGCAGGAGCCCCUGGAGGAGGAGAGCCCCUCGUCGUCCUCUUUGGCCCUGGACAAGGCCCAGCGGUCAGUCAUCAAGCCCAUCAACAUCGCGGGGGCCUUCUAUGGAGAGGAGCCCUUAAACACACCCAUCGUGGUGACCUCGACUCCUGCCAUCACCCCGGGCACCUCCAAUCUGGUCUUCACUUACCCCAACGUGCUGGAGCAGGAGUCGCCCGUGUCCCCAUCGGAAUCAUGCUCCAAGGCUCACCGCAGAAGCAGCAGCAGCGGAGACCAGUCCUCAGACUCACUGAACUCUCCCACUCUCCUGGCCUUGUAACCCAGCGGGCCUUCUGUCCUUGCUGGCACCAGAGGGGACGGGCCCUCUGGAAGCCACCUUCUCCCUUCUCCCCUGCCUUCUUCUCGGGGAGCAAGACCGUCAAGCACAUUGGGGUGGCGGGAGCGGGGAGCCUGCGAGGGCCCUUCCCGACCCUGGGGAGGAAGCCGUGGGACUCAGUUCCAGAGAGUAAGAGGACGCAAGGGCAGGGUCAACUGGGAGCAACGGGGAGCAUCUGAGUUUGAGAGGCCCUGCCUGUGCCCCCUCCGAGGCAACUCUGUUCAUCUUUGGUGGACUCUGGCACCCCAGCGACACCCCUCUCCGCCCACCCACCUCACCCUCCUCGGAGGGGGUGGAUAGGCGACCCAGGAGCUGGAAGUUGGCCUGGAUGGUUCCCUUCCCUUUGUUACAAUAAUGAAUCUGGAGCGAUGGUUCCUUCCCCUUUCCCCUCCCUGGCAAUCCCCAGCAUGCUCAGUGCCUUCUGUUAGCUAUUCGUACGCCUCUCCUCCUCCUUUUCCUGCCCCAUCCCUCUCCCGCUCUUUGGGUUUCAAACUUGCCAUGACAUUUCAUCCAGAGGGGUCCGAACUCUAAAGAUUUUGUUAAUGCCCAUCAAUGCUGGUGGAGGCUUGGGUUAAGUGCUUCGCCUGGAGCCCCCUGCCCUGGGGAAGUCGUCUGUGGAGUCCAAGUUUUGGGGCGCCUGGCCUUUACGAAACAAACAGAUAGCACGACACCGAAGCCCGCUCAGAGCCACCAAGGAGAGUCCACUGCUUCCUGGAGGCUGAGUCCUCGCUUUUCACCCAUCCUCACCCCCUGACCCUUCCCUAACACCACUUCUCCCUUACAGCGUGGUUCUAGGGGGAGAUGGAGUAAGCGAGAAGGUAGGGGCCGCCUUGCACAUGUGCGGCAAAGAUCGGCUUUGCUAAACGCCCCAUUACUGGGCCAGGAAGGUUGCCAACGAAGCCGCGUGGGUGCCAGAGCCGGCUUCUGGCUCACCCUCUGGAGCAGGGCGUCUCCUGUAAUUACUGCCUCUUCUCUCCUGCCCGUAGAGGCUUCCCACCCCGGGAAUAACGCAUUACUCCCUGCCCAUCCCCCCGGCUCCUCCUCCUCCUCCUUCCCUCUUCCAUCCGCCCACCCCAGCUCGGGUGACGCCACACAUGGAGGUUUAACGAGCGUGGGCCCCAGACCCUCUACUGGUGCGUGUGGAGGUGGGGGCCCCUCCCCAGCUCGGAUUAGGCCAUGAAAGAACGUUUGCUGAGGAUGAAAAGGGAGAGGGUGGACCGAGGGGGUGGGGGUUGCCGCUUGGCGGCAGAAUUCUGGCUCCCAGGGCCAAACGCAGCUCACAGCCCUUCUGCCUUUACUUGUCUUGGUCGUUCUGUGGCGGGGAACUGCUGCCCUUGGUGGUGAUUUGCUUCGUGAUGGAUUGAGAGCUUCUUCGUGUUUUUGUUUUGGUGUUCUCCCUUUCUCUUCUGGUCCCCUGACCAGUCCUGAGCACCAGUCCGGCUGAGCUCCCUUUUCCAGAGCAGAGCGCCCUGCUUCAUGACUCCAGGGAAACUCUCCUGGGCCGGCGGCAAGGACACAACCGCUGCUACUGCAGCACGGUUGAAGCUUUGGGAAGCUGGGAAGAGGAUGAUCCUGCAGGAGUAAAAUGAUCUUCUUUUAAUCCCUUUCCCAGUUCAGUGCAGAACAAUCCAUUUUUAACAUUCCUUGUCUCUACCGGAGCACCAGACCCUCAUGUCCUGGGACCACCCCCAGAGUCAAACCUCAAAUGGCCCCUGGUCUGUGACUAAGCAAAGGACCAAAAGCAAUAGUGCCCAGUGGUGUGAUUUUCUUGUAUCUACCCCAGCGCUUAGUACAAUGCUUGCCGCCAUCGUUAUGAUUAUGAUUAUUGACCCGAUCUUCUCAGAAUCAACAUUGUAGCUGGUGUCUUGACUCAGGCUAGUGUUGAUCACCUUAGAGAGAGAGAAAGAGAGUGUGUAUGUCUGGCCAUUUGAAAAUAUUUCACUUGGGUCUUCCCUUUGCCCAACACAGAUUGCUGUGUGUUAACCUAAGCCGUGGCUUUUAGUCAACCAGGUUUGGGACCAGCAGUGGGCAAGAACCAGCAGACCUGAAGAAAGACCCAUCGUAGACCCUUGGCGCUCCUUUCCUUGUCUAGAAUCUCUUCCCUCACUCUGGGGGAGAUCUUCCUCAAUGCUUAAAACUGCAUUUAGAGAAGGCAAGAUGUAUGCUUCAGUGGUGACACCUCAUUUUCAUCAGAAGUGCUUUGCUGGUGUAUUUUUUUCCAUGGAGAUGAAUUUUUCUUCCAAAGCCCCUUUAAGCUAGAAAGGAGUGGGUAUAAUGAUUGUCACUUCUAAGGAGUCAUUGAGGAAAUGGGGGCAUUAGAGGGAGGGAUCAGAGGCUGGGCCUAAGGUGGGAUUAGAGAAAUAGCCCCCAUUUUCCCACCUCCAUCCCCAGUCCUGCCACGGUGCAGGGGUACAGCUGAGAUCAGAGAGACAGGGCAUCAGACGGCUUGGUCCAAACUCUGUGACUGACCUGUCAGAAAAUGGCUCUUGGGAGAGCUCAGUCUUUACCCGCCUGGCCCUGCAUUGGAAGAGAGUCCUCACUGCUGGCUCUGGGGCAUCCCCAGUGGGCAUUCCUCGGCUGGGGGUGGUGGGGAUGGGUAGAACUGGCAGACGACAGAAAGGAUCUAAGAGCUACUCAGGAAAUCUCCAGCAGGAUCAAGGAGGAGAAUUGAUUGUUUAGCAAAAAGGACUCUCCUCAGGUCAGUCCUCUCAGUGGGUUAAGCGAAUCACCAAAAUGAGAAAGAUGGCAGGAGCUCUCUUCCCUGGGAAGCCUUUCCCUAUUUGUUGUCUGUUAUAUUGUAC